UAAAGGAUUUUAGAACUGAUUCGGGUUGUGGAAUUCUGACCAUAAUAAUAAAAACAAUAAAACCAUCACCAACAUCCCCCCACCCCGCGCGCUCCUGCUCCAGGGGUCCUGGAGCCCAAUCAGCACAAACGAAGAUAGACACGUGCACAACCGGGGUCUCGUGUAAUCGAAUCUUCUGGCUCGCGAGGGACGAAAGCCAGCACGCGCUCCCCGUCGCACCCUCUGCCCACCAAGUAAAAGUGCACGAAUGCGAAUGCGCGCGCCCGCGGACCCCUCGGCGUGCGCACGGACAGACAGUGGCGGCAGCAGCGAGAGCGGUACCGGAGCCUUUGGAUUGUGACAGACCGUGGAGCCCGGACUCGCACACGUACAGGCACCGUUUGGUUUGAUUUUGCUGAACAUUUUGUCCACUGGGAGCCACGGACUGGAUACCGAGCAGCCGGGACAUUAGUUUGUCCCCCAAGCACACAUGGAGCCAACAUGGAGCAGUUAGUUUAGUGCCCAGAAAUCCCAGCGGCUCCUGAAGGGGAUCCAUGUCACCAAGUAAAUAACUAAAGCCAAGGGUUAGGCCGGGGCCUUUCAGCCUUUGUUACCAUGCUGUCCAGGUGGUCCUUCCUCUGUGUCCUCAUCCACGUGUCUGCUGACAGCAGCACCCAGGAUGUGCAGGAGGUGACGCUAGCAGCCAUCCUGCCCCUGACCAACACAGACUACGCAUGGGCGUGGCCUCGAGUGGCGCCGGCGCUGCACCUGGCGAUUCAGAGGGUCAACUCGGACCCGUGGCUUCUGCAAGGCCUGAAGCUGCGCUUGGUCAACGGCAGCUCAGAGAACCGUGACGGCUUCUGCUCCGACUCCAUGGCACCGCUGGUCGCCGUCGAUCUCAAGCUGUCCUAUGACCCGUGGGCCUUCAUCGGGCCUGGCUGUGACUACUCCUCGUCACCCGUCGCCCGCUUCACCACCCACUGGGAGGUUCCCAUGGUAACAGCAGGGGCUCGAGCCAUCGGGUUCGAGUCUUACGCGGCCGUCACCAACACGGGCCCCACGCACAAGAAGCUGGGCGAGUUCAGCAUCAGACUCCAGGAGCUGUUCGGCUGGCGGCAGCAGGUCAUGCUGGUCUACAGUGACAACAAGGACACCAACGAUGACCGGCCCUGCUACUUCACCGUGGAGGGUCUGUACACGGUGCUGGGCGGCCACAACAUCAGCAUCUCAGACCACACAAUCGCCGCCGACAACUACAAGCUGACGGUCCAGCAAAUCCGGGACCACGGCCGCGUGGUGUACCUGUGCUGUCCCUGGGACACACUGAGGACUCUGAUGGUCCAGCUCUGGAAGGAGGGUCUGGAUUUGGAAGAAUAUGUCUUCUUCUUUAUUGAUCUGUUUGCUGAGGGUCUGGGGGGUCGGGGUCCAGUCAAACCGUGGCACAGAGGAGACCAGGACGACUACGUGGCUCGUCAGGCCUUCAGGAGUGUGAAGGUGCUGACCUACCUGGAGCCUCAAAAUACAGAAUAUCGAGAAUUUGUAAAAACUCUGAAGAGCAGCGCGAAGAAAAUGUUUAACUUCACGAUCAACGACUCUCUGUACAACCUGAUCGCUGGAGGUUUCUAUGAUGGAGUGAUGCUCUACUCUCAGGCUCUGAAUGAGUCUCUGACUGAGCAGACAGGGCCAGGACCUGGACUGAGACCAGGGCAAUUCCAGAGGCCUCGGCAUGACGUGGUGACCAGGAGGAUGUGGAACAGAACCUUCCCAGGAGUGAUGGGUUUGAUGGAGAUGGACGAGUCUGGAGACAGACAGAUCGACUUCGCUGUGUGGGACAUGACCGACAUCGACUCUGGAGAGUUUCAGGUCGUGUGUGUAUAUAACAGCAGUGUGAAACAGAUGGUCAUGCAGAGCGGACACAGGUUCCAGUGGCCGGGCGGGUCUCCCCCACCAGACGUCCCUGAGUGUGGCUUCAAGAAUGAUAAGCCGGCCUGUGUCGCACGCACAGUGUCAAUGCAUCAGAUGGUUGCCAUAGUGAUCUGCUUUGUCUUUGUCAUCAUCGUUACGGUGACCAUCUUUAUUUACAGGAAGUUGAAGCUGGAGAGUGAGCUGGCAGCUCAGCUGUGGAGAGUUCACUGGGACGACAUCCAGUUGAGCAACCUGGAUAAAGUCCUAAAGAGAGCUUGCAGCCGACUCACCAUGUCUCUGAAAGGAUCCAACUAUGGCUCCCUGAUGACCAUGGAGGGAAACUUUCAGAUCUACACUAAGACGGGAUACUACAAGGGAAACCUGGCAGCCAUCAAAUAUAUCAACAAAAAACGGAUUGAACUGACCAGGAAGGUCCUGUUUGAACUAAAACACAUGCGAGAUGUUCAGAAUGAGCACCUGACUCGCUUCAUUGGUGCCUGCACCGACCCACCAAAUAUGUGCAUCAUCUCAGAGUACUGUCCCAGAGGCAGCCUACAGGACCUGAUGGAGAGCGACAGCAUCACUCUGGACUGGAUGUUCAGAUACUCUCUUAUCAAUGACAUUGUCAAGGGGAUGGCCUUCCUCCACAACAGCGUCAUCGUCUCCCACGGAAACCUAAAGUCGUCCAACUGCGUGGUGGACAGUCGCUUCGUCCUGAAGAUCACUGACUAUGGUCUGGAGAGCCUCCGCACCAGCAGCUGCCCCGAGGACACGCAUGCUUUCUACGCACGUAAACUGUGGACAGCCCCCGAGCUGCUGAGAUCGGACUGCCCUCCUCCCUGUGGGACUCAGAAAGGAGACGUGUACAGUUUUGGUGUCAUCCUGCAGGAAGUGGCUCUGCUGAGAGGAGUUUUCUACCUCGACUCCCAAACUCUCAGCCCCAAAGAAACUGUUCGGGCUGUCAUUCAGGGCGGCGUCCCUCCUCUCCGUCCCUCGCUGUGCUCCCACAGUCACAGCGAGGAGCUCGGUGUCCUGAUGCAGCGUUGCUGGAGUGAAGAGGCUGGCGAACGGCCGGACUUCAACACCAUCAAGAUCCUGCUGAGGAAACAACAUAGAGGCUACGGGUCCAACAUCCUGGACAACCUCCUGUCCCGCAUGGAGCAGUACGCCAACAACCUGGAGGAACUGGUGGAGGAGAGGACGCAGGCGUAUCACGAGGAGAAGCGCAAGGCGGAGGCCCUGCUCUACCAGAUCCUCCCACAUUCAGUAGCAGAGCAGCUAAAACGAGGUGAGACGGUUCAGGCAGAAGCUUUUGACUCUGUAACCAUCUACUUCAGUGACAUUGUCGGCUUCACUGCCCUGUCUGCUGAGAGCUCACCUCUGCAGGUUGUGACCUUGCUGAAUGACCUCUACACCUGUUUUGAUGCCAUCAUUGACAACUUUGAUGUUUACAAGGUGGAGACCAUCGGUGAUGCUUACAUGGUGGUAUCAGGUCUGCCAGUCAGGAACGGGAAGCUCCACGGUAGGGAGGUGGCUCGGAUGUCACUGGCCCUGCUGGAAGCUGUCAGGAGCUUCAGAAUCCGACACCGACCCAACCAGCAGCUCAAGCUUCGCAUUGGAAUACACAGCGGUCCAGUGGUGGCAGGUGUGGUUGGGCUGAAGAUGCCCAGAUACUGUCUGUUUGGGGACACAGUUAACACAGCGUCACGCAUGGAGUCCAAUGGAGAAGCUCUGAAGAUUCACAUGUCGGAGGCAACUCGUCUGGUUCUGCAGGAGUUCAUGAGCUUUCAGCUGCAGCUCAGAGGAGAGAUUGAGGUGAAGGGAAAAGGACGCAUGAGGACGUACUGGCUGCUGGGAGAGGACAGCAUCAGCACCAAGUGAUGCACAAUGGGGAAUAUAAUCAACAGGAAGAUCACAUAUUAAGACUUCUAAAAAAAUGCUAUAAAUGCAUUUUAAACUAAAGUAAACUAAACUUGCUCAUGGUGUUUUGAGCAAGCACCGGUGCAUGGCAGCUGCUGGCAUCAGUGUGUGAAUGUGAAUGUGAGAGUGCAUGAGUGAAUGAAAUACUAGUGUAAGGUGCUUUGGAUCCCGGAAUGGGUGUUUUUAAGCGCUAUAUGAAUGUGGACCAUUUACCAGAAACAACCGCAGAUUCUCCUUGACUGGAGGAUCAGAGAAAUGCUUUAACACAGAUGAGCACGAAAAACCCAGACACUGAAUGUUUCACUGUAAAACACCAUCACUUGUAAAUACAUAAAUAAACAGUCUGUUUAUUA